CACAACGACCACGUUGUUUCGAAACUGUCCGUAUACUCAUCCCCAGGCACAUAAAGCUUGCAAUCUGAAGAACUACAUUGUAGUCUCUGGAUACCUAGUAGAAUAUGAAGCUGUUGAACGUGAAAGCUGUGCUCGACAGAGACAAAGGCAUGCAACUAACCGGACACGAUGCUGAGGUCAUGAAGAUUCUUGGCUACGAUGAAGUCCUGAAGGACCUCGAUGACAAGAGUACAAGUUAUGCGAUACUCUCCCAUCGCUGGGUAACUGAGGUCAAUUACGAGGAGAUGAUCGGUCUGGCAGUGAUGGAACCACGAACGAAGGACAGAAUCAGGGGGCGCUCCGGCUACAUGAAGAUCAUCAAGAGUUGUGAACAGGCCAUGAAGGACGGCUACACGUGGUUGUGGAUUGAUACGUGUUGCAUUGACAAGCGCAGCAGCGCAGAACUCACAGAGGCAAUCAACUCAAUGUAUCGAUGGUACCGCGACUCGCAAAUGUGCUACGUUUUUCUCAACGAUGUCGACGACUGGGCCUUUCCUGCGAAACAAGACUUCAGUAGGCUUGGUUGGGUCAACGGUUGGCCGGAGUGGUUCUCGCGAGGUUGGACGCUCCAGGAGCUUAUCGCUCCGAGGAAAGCCGAAUUCUUUAACAAGCGCUGGGAGUCCAUCGGCACUAAAGAGGACCUGGCGUCCGUGUUAGAGGAAAUUACACGAAUUCCUGAAAGCGUUUUGAGAGAUGGUCGGGUUUUGAGGAGUAUCGCUUCCUCAGAGCGUCCAUGCGUCGCACAAAUUAUGUCGUGGGCCGCCGACCGGAAGACGACGCGAGUCGAAGAUCGAGCGUAUUCACUGUUGGGCUUGUUUGGCGUGAACAUGCCAAUGCUGUACGGCGAGGGCCCAAAAGCAUUCCAGCGACUGCAGCUGGAAAUCAUCCGGGCAUCCAGCGAUCACAGCAUACUUGCAUGGAGUCCCAAGGGGCGGUUUGGGAUGCAUAAAAGUGUCCUUGCAGACAACCCGAGUUGCUUCAGAGGCUAUCACGACAUCCAAGAACUGGAACCCCAUCGGUUUAUCGCAGAACUAGAGCACGGUAUACGGUGGCUAGGGCUUGACGCAGCCACAAAUUUAUCCAGGCUUAUGGGGUUGCAGCGCGGUGCAGACUCCUCUCAACUUUUUAGAUUCGAUGUUACCAAUCUGGGUAUUCAAAUGUCGUUACCCGUCUGUCCCCAACAAGAUCAAGACGCUCUAAGCACCAAAUACUUCAAGGCCAUGUUGCCAUUUCACGAUCAUUAUGGAAAUCUGGUUACCAUCGACCUGCAAUGUCGCGGACAUAGCUUUUGCAGACGAUGAGGAGUGGUGCCACCAUUUCAGGCUUCAUGACAAGCGUACCUCGUACUAUGGCUUCACCCGCUGUGGCACCUGUCCGAACGAGAUCUCCGGCGAUACUGUCAAACUCUCGUCCCAAGGCAGCACUCUUAAUGUGAUAGUCUAUGCCAAUGACCAUGCCAGAUUUGCAGUUGGACUUGGAUACUACCUUGGUCACGUAUGGGUACACGUCGUCUGUGGUGAAUGCCUUACAAAUCAAGAUGUCUGGUCAUCGCGGACAGAACAAUUUGCCAAGCAAGCAUAUGAUAUCCUGUGGAAUGCUAUCGAUGAUCCCCCACCUUAUAGUUGUCUCAACGUUGUCAAGGAUG